CAUAUCUUCAACAUAAGGAAAAGCUUCCUCUUUGGAAGGGUUUUAUUUGCUAACCUCAGGCAGAGGUUGACUCCUACUCAGAGUCAGCAUUUUGAUAAGUCAAUAGAUACUUCCUUUUCUCGUAAAGUAGAGACUGUUGGGCAAAUAUGCGCCAUAAGUGACCUAGAGCUAGCGUUGUAGCCUAGGAGCCUGCUCAGAGAGCGAGCUUCAGAGGCUAGUGCGAGCUAACGCUAGCAAAAGCUAGCUAAACUGAGACCGAAUCCGUGAGAUUAUAACUGUAUUCACCGACUACAUCAGGCGACGGGAGUAACCGUUGAUGUUAUAUCUGCAGGAGAUGUCAAGAAGCAGCAGCAUAAGCAAGUCUGUAGUGAUGCUGCUGACAUGAAAUCAUAGGUUACACACAAAGAUGAGCAAAUCCUUCUCAUGGUUUCCCAUGAAUCUCACCUGGAGUGGGAGGGUUCUGUGAAAAGGGCAAGAAGAGGAAGGAUAACACGUAGACUAUAAUCAAGAGUCAUGAAUCUCCAUCAGGUCCUUACGGGAGCUGUCAACCCUGGAGACAACUGUUUCUCUGUAGGACGCGUCAACAAUGUGCCAUUCACGGCCUAUGCAUCAGGUUGUGACGUGGUGAUUUUGGGCAGUGAUUUUGAGCGACUGCAGAUCAUCCCAGGGGCCAAACAUGGCAACAUACAGGUCGGCUGUGUCGACUGCUCAUUGCAGGGUGGACAGAUUGCAGCUUCCUAUGGAAGCAUUGUGUGUGUCUUUGAGCCUGUUCAGCAACCAGAUCAAAAAGACGGAUCGUUGACCAAAUUGAACUGCCAAUGGCAGAAGACUGGUCAAUUUGUAUUGCAGUCUAUGGUACGGAACCUAGCAUGGCACCCCACAGGUUCCACUCUCCUAACAGGCUCUAGUAGCCUGCAGUUGUGGUCUAAUGUUGAUGGAGUAAAGGAUGAAGCUGAUGAAAGGGGGCAGCCGGCAGAAAUGACCAUAAGAGACUGCCGUUCUGCCUGGAGGUGUAUCUGGCAGAGCAAGACUGCUUCUCCAGUCAAUUUAAUGAAGUUCUCUCCUGACGGUGAGUUCUUUGCCACAGCUGGUCAGGAUGAUUGCCUAAUAAAGGUUUGGUACAGCACCAGUAAGUGGAAGAUGGGUGUUACCACACUCUUUACACCUCCAGAAGCCAGUAUGAGUGACCAGGGAGAGCUGGCCUUCUCCUUUAUCUACCUGGCUCAUCCCCGCUCUGUCACCAGUUUCUCCUGGAGGAAGACCAGCAAGUACAUGCCACGGGGCGCAGUGUGUAAUGUGCUGCUCACCUGCUGUAAGGACAGUGUAUGUCGGCUGUGGGCAGAGACGCUGUUGCCAGGUGACGGCCUCUUAUCUGGUCACCAUAAAAACCUUUCUUCUGGCCAACACAGUGAAACGCUUAAAUCUUCUGCUGGCCUCUCAAAGAAAAACGCCUGCAAUGGGAAGACACAUGGACAAGCCUCACAAGAACUGGAUUUUCAAGAAUCACGGCACUAUCGGGACAUACCUCAGCUAUCAUGGACCAGCGGCCUGCCUCACCUUCAAAGUGGACACUGUAACCACAAGAAAAGCAGCAAUAACAUGCCCCAUGCCAAUGCUCUCUGCCACUUUCACAUUGCUGCCAGCAUCAACCCAGCCACAGACAUUCCCCUGUUGCCCUCCAUCUCCUCUCUGAACCCUGUGGAUGAUGAGGAACCAGGAGGCCCAUUUUCUGUCCACUGGCUCAACAACAAAGAGCUUCACUUUACUUUAGCCAUGGAAGUCUUUCUGCAGCAGCUUCGAAGUAGUGUAGAGCAACAGAACGAGUGCUCCAAUGAAGAGCCUGAAAAUGAAGAUGACUUUGAAGAAGAGGAGAACAGACCAAGUGAACCCCAAGGACCAGGAACUGUGGAGCUGCCUCUGGCAGCAGUGGAGCACCAGGUGGAUGUGCUGUUAGAGGAGUGGAAUAAAGGGGCCGACAUGCUGUUCAGUAUUCAUCCCAUGGAUGGCUCUUUGUUGGUCUGGCAUGUGGACUGGUUAGAUGAAUACCACCCAGGCAUGUUCAGACAAGCUCAGGUGUCGUUUGCAUCCCGCAUUCCUGUAGCGUUCCCCGCAGGUGAUGCCAUCUCUCUGAGCCAAAGUGUGGUAAUGUAUGCCUGCAACAAGAACGUGGAUCUAGCUAUCCAACAUGGCAGACAGCGACCGCCUGGGAGCACAUUGCCUCAAGCCAAAUCUGCUCUAAUAAGCUACGGAGGUCAAGGAAAAUCAGCACCCAGCAGUAGUCUUCGAUUAAGCAUAUUCACCCCCAAUGUCCUUAUGAUCUCCAAACAUGCUGAUGGCUCUUUAAACCAGUGGGCAGUCAGCUUUGCGGAGGACUCUGCUUUCUCGACUGUGCUCAGUGUCUCUCACAAGUCACGGUACUGUGGUCACCGCUUUCACCUCAAUGACCUGGCCUGUCACUCACUACUCCCUCUUCUCCUCACCACCUCACACCACAAUGCCUUGAGGACGCCAGAGGCAGACAGCAUCUUGGUUCCUCCAGAGGUCUCCUCCUCUGGUUUUUCUCAUUCUGCAUCUCUAUCUCGUGGGUCACGACCCAAGCGGGUGUCCCUGGGUAUGGUUUCCCAGGAUCCCAAUGCGAUCUACAGUGAGCUGAUUUUAUGGAGAGUGGACCCUGUCGGCCCGCUGUCUUUGUCAGGCGGGGUCUCGGAGCUUGCUAGAAUCAAUUCUCUCCAUGCAUCAGCAUUUGCUAAUGUAGCCUGGCUGCCCACGCUCAUUCCCAGCAGCUGUUUAGGUUUGUACUGUAACUCUCCCAGUGCCUGCUUCGUGGCAAGUGAUGGCCAAUCACUCAGGCUUUACCAGGCUGUCAUUGAGGCUAAGAAACUUCUGAGUGAGCUCUCCAAUCCGGAAAUAUCAAAAUAUGUUGGGGAGGUUUUCAACAUCAUCAGUCAGCAGUCCACAGCAAAACCAGGGUGUAUUAUAGAACUGGAUGCCAUUACUGACUUUCAGGGGAAGGAGACACAGCUCCUGCAUGUUUUUGAGGAACAUCUGAUUCUUGGCACUGAGAUAACGGAGAGCACACAUGAAACUCCCGACUCUCUUCGCACGGCCUCCAGUAAACCAGCCUUCUCAGCCCGCUUUUUUCUGGUGGUGGUAGAAUUAACCCCAACAGGUCGCUCACUGCUCCACAUGUGGCAUCUCCAUCUUGCUGCUCGACCUGUCACUAUGGUGGAGACUACGGCUCAUAAGGAUCUCACCACGACUUCUCCCUUGAACGGCUCUCAGUUUGUCUAUGACGCACCCAGUUCUCCAAUAACUCAAAAGAGUACAUCCUGCACUUCCAAUCUGCAGAGUGCCUGUCGUCUCAGCCUCACAACACACAGGCUGUACAGCCAAGAGCUGGCUCUUCCGGCAGGAGUGGAAGCCAUCAGUGUUACUCCCUCGGCAGGUCACCUGAGUGCGUCAUGUUCUCUUCCAGCCGGCCACGUGCCUUAUCUCCUUGCUACUUCCUGUUCUGAUGGUAAGGUGCGCUUCUGGAGGUGUAAUGUCAUGACAACAGAACCCCCCACUGUGGACAACUUGGUGUACCAGUGGGAGGAGUGGCCUCUCCUGGUGAAGGAAAAACUUCCCAGCAGCAGCGCAGUAAGUGUGCAAGGCCAGCCCAUUGAGGUCAGCUGCUGCCACGCUGGACGGUUUGCAGUUGCCUACAAGCAGAUGCCUAGCACACCUCUGAACUUAUCUCCUCAUCUGAAUGCUCAUGGACCUCUGACUUCUCCCCCUGCCUCUGCAUCUUCCCCAUUUGUACACUACAGCACCACCAACACCCACCUGACCCCAACCCUUAAUGUGCUGCAUAGCCCAAAACCCAUUCACAGCCCUAAUGCAAGCACUCGAGAGCCGCUGGUCCACAUUGGCAUCUUCCAGUGCGAGUCCACUGGUGGUUCGCAGUGGAUUCUGGAGCAGACCAUAGUAUUGGACAACACAGACCCCAUGUCCAGCUAUCCUUUAAGUAGUAGUACCACUGCAAGUGCCAGCAUUCCAAGUAACAUGGAUUUAUCCAUACGAAACGAGAACUGUCUUGGUUCUACUGGUAAGAGUCUGGUUCACUUGGACUGGGUUUCCCAGGAGGAUGGAUCACACAUUCUGACAGUUGGCAUUGGGACGAAGAUAUAUAUGUAUGGUCGUCUGUCUGGAAAGCCUCCAGAUCUGGGAGUGUCUUCUGAUGCUAAUAGAGACCAAAGCUUGUCUCGCCUGGUUCUGCUUCGAUCGGUCAGUCUGUUCUCCUCUGUCGAAGGCUCACCACCUAUCCCAGUCUCCCUGUCCUGGGUACGAGAUGGAAUCUUGGUGGUCGGCAUGGAGUGUGAAAUGCACGUGUACUCUCAGUGGCAGCCUCCAGCACCACCCAAACCGACUGUCACAGUUGCCCAGGACAAAGACAUCAGCAGCAGUGUUUCCUCCAUAAUCUCAGCUGUCAGACAGUGCCAGGAGGAGGGUCUCAGCCCUGGGGCCCCCACUUCUUUACUGACUCUUCCCAAAAAGACCCUGACAAGAUCAAUGACGAGUCUGGCUCAGAAGCUCAGUGGGAAGAAAACAGCUUAUGACUUGCCUGUAGAAAUGGAAGAUUCUGGUCUUUUUGAAGCAGCUCACCAACUUUUUCCAACUCUACCCCAAUACCACCCUGUACAGUUGCUAGAGCUUAUGGACCUAGGGAAGGUUCACCGUGCCAAAGCUAUCCUCUCCCAUCUCGUGAAAUGCAUUGCUGGAGAAAUCGUAACACUUCAGGACAGUUCCACCAGUCCCGAAAAACGUGUGCGGUCUCGAACCAUCAGUGUUGGGGGCAGCACAGCCACGGAUCAGAAGAUGUUCAGCAAAGCAGAGAACUCCUCCGCUGACUACACAGAGAUAAGCUCCAUCCCUCCACUGCCUCUUUACGCCCUUCUAGGAGCUGAUGACGACACACCAAAACCUGAUAAAGUGGGCAGUGUAAGUGGAGAUAGUGGCCAUGGUUCCAGCCACACUGAUGCCUAUGAUGAGCUGUUUCACACACCCAACGUGAUGGAUCUGGACCCCCUGGACAAUGAUCGAGAGAAAACAGGAAAUAAGGUUAUAGACCUGUCCCAGUACAGUCCUACAUACUUUGGUCCAGAACACGCCCAGGUUCUGUCCAGCCAUCUCCUCCACUCCAGUUUGCCAGGAUUAACUCGUAUGGAGCAGAUGUCUCUCAUGGCAUUGGCUGACACCAUUGCUUCUACAAGCAUAGACCUCAAUGACAGCCAGGGCAAGAGCAAAGGGGGAGAGACAUUGGAUGAGUGUGGUCUGAAGUUCUUGCUAGCUGUCAGACUUCACACUUUCCUCUCUACUUCGUUGCCUCCAGCCCACAGAGCACAACUACUACGGCAAGGCUUGUCAACAUGUCACUAUGCCUGGGGUUUCCACUCUGAAGCUGAGGAAGAGCUCCUGAACAUGCUACCUGCAAUGCAGAAGGGAGAGCCAACCUGGCCUGAGCUGCGCUCAAUGGGUGUUGGCUGGUGGCUUCGCAGCACUAACAAGUUACGCAGAUGCAUUGAAAAGGUUGCCAAGGCUUCUUUUCAGAGAAAUAAUGAUCCUCUGGAUGCAGCUAUAUUUUACCUUGCAUUGAAAAAGAAGGCAGUGGUUUGGGGACUGUACAGGUCUCAGAAGAAUGCUAAAAUGACAGAGUUUUUCCACAACAACUUCAGCGAGGACCGGUGGAGGAAAGCAGCAUUGAAAAAUGCCUUUUCUCUGCUGGGAAAGCAGCGGUUCCAGCAUUCUGCAGCCUUCUUCCUUCUAGCCGGCUCCCUUAAGGAUGCUGUGGAGGUGUGUAUAGAGAAAAUGCAGGACCUCCAGCUAGCCUUGGUCAUCUCAAGGUUGUACGAGUCUGAGUUUGAGACGGCAUCCACCUACAAAAAGAUCCUCCAGAGACAUGUUUUAGGACAAGACAAACAGAUUCCGGCACACCAGGACCCAUUUCUGCGGAGCAUGGCUUACUGGGUCCUGGAGGACUACAGUAGAGCCUUGGAUACUCUACUCGAACAAAAAGCUAACAUUGCCAGAUCUGGGUCUGCUGAGAACCGAUAUGACACUGGUACCUCUUCUGUGUCGGUGUGUAACCCUGAGGUUUUCAACUUCUACACCUACCUGCGUACUCACCCACUCCUCCUUCGCCGGCAUUUUGGCUCAUCAAACAAGGCUAAAGUUGGAGUCAGUUCUGCGAACCUCAGCAGUCAGACCAUCAGCCUGGAUGAGAGGAGACUGUUUUUCACAGCCGCAUAUGCACAUCUGCAUGCAGGGUGCCCUAUGCUGGCACUCGAAGUCCUCUCCCAGAUGCCCAAAGUCCGCAAGCAUUCUAGACCCCAGGAUGAUACAGGCAACAGUGCUGAGCUCAGUGUUGGGAGUAGGAACGGACAAGCAUCAGACCCGGAUUGGUCUCAGUCAGCUCUGAAUGGCUACGAGUCAGAUGGCAACAGCUUAUCAAACAGCCGGUCGGAUUCAGUGUUAAGUUUCGAUUGGAGCCAGCCGUCAGUGGUAGUUCCAGAUGAGCCCCUAGAACUGAAAUGGGAUAGCGACAAAGAUGAUGAAGACAAUGAUGAGGAUGAAGAAGAAGAAACUAAAAAUGCCAAGAGUGGCAGCGGUAGUGUGUUCCACGAACCAGUGUCUCUGGGUGAGGAGAGCGAGGACAGCAAUGAUUACAUUGAACCGUCUGAUGACAUCCUGGUGACUCAACUGAAAUUUGCAGCGUGCUUGAAGAUUAUGACCAAUGAGCUCCGGACACUGUCAACAGGGUACGAACUGGAUGGAGGGAAGCUACGUUACCAGCUCUGCCUGUGGUUAGAAAGAGAGGUGGUGGCUCUCCAGCAUUGCUGCAGCUAUAAGCCUUGCCUGCCAGAGCUGUCGGUCCAGGGUGAUGUCCCUGUUUCUGGGUUAGUGGAGGAGGAGCAGCCUGGGAGCCCCCGUGGUGACAGCCACAGGAGCAGGAGACACUGGCUGCAGAGUAACCAGCCCUUACUGAGGAUGUUUCUGAGUUACUGCAGCUUGCACGGCUCACACGGAGGAGGUCUGGCCUCUGUACGCAUGGAGCUCAUACUGCUGCUUCAAGAAUCUCACCAGGAUGACUUCAUCCAAUCUGUGGUGACGGUGACUUCACAGCCCACCUCCAUCCCCCUUUUGAUGGCUUGUACAACCAAUGUAAAGACAGUGGUGGCCAAUCCACUUGUCUAUUUGACCAACCUGACUCACGACAUCCUGCAAACCAUCAGUGCACUCGAUUCUCCUCCACAUCCAGAUGUUGUUACCAACGAGAUCUAUGUGAUGCACACACUGGCAGCCUCCUUGUCUGCCUGUAUAUAUCAGUGUUUGUGUGAUGGACACACAUACAGCCACGUGAACCAUUUCACCGGGACUGUGUACCAGAGUGUUUUGCUGUCUCAGAAGCAGCCUCUCAAAACUAUAAGCAUGGAUGAGUCUGUUCAGCCCAACACUUCUCCUGCACAGUGGCCAGGUAUUGCCUCUCUGAUUCGUCUGUUGAGCUCAGCAGGCGAAGAAAGCCAGCCAGGCUUAGCUGUGCUGCUGUGUGAGAUCCUGACUGCUGUCUUCCUCAGUCUGUUUGUUCACGGCAUGGCCACUCACUCCUGCAACGAGCUGUUUCGCAUCAUGGCACACCCACUCAACAGCAAGCUUUGGGUGACAGUAUUUGGAGGAGGCGCUCGAAUCCCUGUCAUCGAAAAACCCAGCAGUCCAGCAAGGACACCCCCACCAGCCUCACCAAGUGGCACAGACAGGAAGUCCAAACGAUUCAGGCUUCUCUCAUCACGUAGCGGAUCCAAGGAAGAGUCUGGGAUAGAGAGGGAGGGACCAUUGAGUCCAAAGCACCACGUCCCUGUUGUGGAACAGGAAGCUCCCUCUAUCUUUAAAGAACAGUUCGUCCCUCCAGAGCUCAGCAUUUGGGAUUACUUCAUCGCAAAGCCUUCACUACCACCGUCAGAAAACAGAAUAGAUUAUGACUCCGAGGCGAGCCAGGGCAGCGAAGAUGAAGACGACGACGACGAUGAAUAUGAUGAUGUGUUUGAUCCCAACUCACCGCAAAGGGAGCAUUCAAACCACAAUUCGUACAGUUGGUGUUUGAUGCGUCUGGCCAUGGUUCAGCUGGUGUUGGCCAAUCUCAAGUCCUUCUACCUAACGGCAGGAUAUGAUUUGUUAGAUCUGCCUGUGGCCUCUCCUUUGUGUCACGCUGUGCUGAAGACGCUGCAGCGAUGGGAGCAGGUGCUGCAGAAAAGGCUGGAGAUCUUCGGGGGCCCCCCUUCCAAGUAUAUCUCCACCCACCUCCAUGAUGAAAUUGCCACACCUGGCCCUGCCCUGCUCAGGCACAAAGCCCUAUUUGAAGCAUCAAAUACCCCUUUCAGGUCCAGCCACCACUCGGCGCUGCCAGUCAAACGUUUAUGGCACUUUUUGGUGAAGCAGGAAGAAGUGCAGGAGACCUUUAUCAGAAAUAUCUUCACCAAGAAACCGGGCACACAUCAGUCGGUUGAGGACCAGACUGACAAUAUGAAAUGUUCAGGGAUGGACGAGACAGGAAACAAUCAGACUGAGUCAGAUCUGGGCAGCCCUGGAGGAAAAGCACGCAUCAUCCACAAGGAAUCUGACAUCAUCACAGCCUUUGCCAUCAACAAGGCCAAUCGUAACUGUUUAGUCAUGGCCUCAACACAUGACAUUCAGGAGCUGGAUGUGUCAUCCAUCUUGGCUACUCAGAUCUUGACAUGGAUCGAUGAUGACGAGAAUGAAGCCAAAGGUGUGGGUGGUGACGACUUCCUGGUGGUCCAUACACGCGAUGAUUUUGUUGCCCUCCACGGCACUACGCCAUACACCCACAGUAACCCUGGCACUCCUAUCAACGUACCGUGGCUAGGAGGCAUGCAGACGGGGAGAGGUGCCGCCGUGAUGAUCAAGAGAAAUAUCAACAAUGUGCGAAGAAUGACCUCCCAUCCCACACUGCCGUACUACCUGACAGGAGCUCAGGAUGGUAGCGUGAGGAUGUUUGAAUGGGGUCACUCCCAGCAGAUCAUCUGCUUCCGAAGUCCAGGCAACUCCAGAGUCACCAGGAUACGAUUCAACCAUCAAGGAAACAAGUUUGGGAUUGUGGAUGCUGAUGGAGCCUUGAGUCUCUGGCAGACCAACACAAGCGGGACUACACCGAAACCUUACCUGACUCUGCAGUGCCACAACAAGACAGCUAAUGACUUUCUCUUUGUGGGCUCUUCAUCCCUCAUCGCCACUGCGGGUCUUUCAACAGACAACAGGAAUGUGUGUCUGUGGGACACACUAGUGACUCCUGCUAACAGCCUUGUGCAAGCUUUCAGCUGCCACGAGUCCGGUGCCACUGUGCUCUCCAUGGCCCCCAGGCAGCAGCUGCUUAUCACAGGUGGGAGGAAGGGCUGGAUCAGCGUGCUGGAGCUUUCCCACCAGCACCAGCGGCAGAGCUUCCAGGCCCAUGACUCGCCGGUCAAAGCACUAGCCGUCGAUCCAACUGAGGAUUGCUUUAUCAGUGGAUCAGCUGAGGGCAACAUUAAGGUUUGGAGCCUGACCACGCAUGGCCUCCUCUACACCUUUCCCAACGAGCACGCUCGCCAGUCGCUGUUCAGGAACCUCGGCACGGGUGUGAUGCAGCUCGAGGUGGGACCAGCUAACCACAUCUUCUCCUGCGGCGCCGACGGUACCAUGAAGAUGAGGAUCCUCCCGAACCGCUUCAGCGUUACGAACAACAACCAUGGCAACCUCAAGAACGAUGUGAAAUUCUUCAUAUAGACAGAAAAGCGUGGCAUUAACACAGUUUAUGUGAGCAGAGGCACGAUUUGUGAAGUGCGCGGCACACGUGAUUGGAAGAAUGGCGACUGAUUCAUGUCUAGGAUUUAUAGACUUUCACAGAAGGGAGCGCUCGUCGGUUGAUCGGGCGCGACUGUGCUGUGUCACCUGUUGUGAUUCACCUGAAUCCAAUUUGGCUUUAAAGCUAACCAAACACAGGAGCUUUUACAAGUGUUUUAAAAUGUAGAGAAAGGCGAGCGCAGCCAUCUCUGUCUCCACCGAACAACACAUGGAGAGCAGUUUUUGCACAGGAAGUGAAAGCUGUAGGAGCAGGUGUGAAGUCUAAACCUGCAGCAUUGUUUCACUUAUACAAGAUACGCUUCAGUUUGUAUUAGGAAAUCAGUUGUGAUGAUGGCAAGAGCUCUUCUGGAAGCAUUCAGGUGAUCAUUUAGAGGUUUCAGAGCCCUCGGCACAAAGCGGAACGGUCGGUGGACGUCGAACAAAGCACAUCAUGUCCAGUUUUGGUGCUCCAGAUAAACCAGCUUGGUUGGAGUAGCAGAGGAUCAGGACGCUUCAUGUUGCUGCUGUGUUUAGUUUUAGGCACCUUUCUGUAACCCAGCUGAAAUUGAAAUGAACGCAGGAUUCAUAACUAUGGUACCAAUAAACAUGGUUCAUGAAUUUAAAGCAGCGGCUUAACAGUUUUGGGAGAUUCUCUCAUUCGUUUUCUGAUACAGACAGUUUUAGACUACUCUCAUGUUUGUCCGCUUAAAUACGAGCCUUCAGCGAGCUGCUGGGUGGCUUAGAACAAAAACCAUGUCUAACUGCUAAUAACGGUCACAAAAUCAGCCCACCAGCACACACUUUCCUGGGAUCCACACACUCACAGGUAACUAGCUCCGUCCGUUAAAGAAAGAGUCUGGCGUAUUGCCGCUUUUUACCUCCAUACACACCAUCAGAGAGCAGUACAAGUGCUCCUUGGCUGAUUUUGUUACUGCUAGAGGAAGCCAAUGGUUUCCACAUCAGGCUGUCUUUAUUUUUAACAGACAGACAUGAAAGUGGUGUCAGUUUUCUCAUCGAACGCUGUCAGAAAGCAAAUGUUUUCCAAAAUGUUGAGCUGCUCCUUAAACCAAGCUAGCAGUAGAUUUAAACCACUUUCACGUGAAGUGAGUAACAUUCAUCAUCCAUGUUCUGCCGGGAAACCUCUGGGUUUUUGUUUGUUUGGUUUUUUUUACACACACCAACCAUCCAAGCACACCGCCCUCACUCCCCAGCGUCUCCUCCCAGAAGCCACCACAAAUGCUGCUCGGGAACAGCAUGAAGAACUUGGAAAAGAGCCCAGACACCCAGAUUCCAAUGUGAUCUGCAACCAGAACGAGCCUCAUCCUCGGGGGCCGCCCCCGCCCCGAACUCACAACCCUACAGGACCCAAAGGAUCCGCUGCACCGACCCGAAACCACUCGCUCCAUGCCUCAGCUGGUCAGAGCUGUUCGUCUGGGCAGCUUUGGGAAACUGUCUUGGUCUUUAGGAUGGUUUAAUGUCGUGGCUGAUCGGUGUAUGCGUGCCACCACCCAGUGGGCUUUCUGAUUGCGCCAGAUUUUUGUGUAUUUGCACAUAAAAACUAAGCUAAAUUAUAUGUAGUGUUAUGAAUAUAAGGAUAGAAGGCAGGCAUAGUCUUUGGUGAUGAUAUGUAAUGAGAUACUUGUUCAUCUCAACCUAGAUUUAACCAGAGGUAUUAAUUCAUUAUUAAGUGUCCUUAAAUAUCUGAAGGCUACUUCUGCCAACCCGGCACAGUACUAGGACUGCUGGUCCUGCUCAUGUUGAUUAUUAUUGAUAAUCGGUUGCACAAGGUAGCUUCAAUUUAACACAUUGAUAGGGGCCGUCAUAACUAAAAACACCACCUCUGGGUGAGUUUUGUUUUUGGAAAUGUUAAGCUUACGAUCAUGUAGCAGGAAGCUUUGCUGUUGACAAUGGAAAGGGGUUUUUUUGGGGGGGAGGGGUUAAAAUUUUAUGGAAAUUCAGUUUUGCUGUGGAAAUGUUUUAUUCCGGUUACCCUGCACCUCCCUUUCAUCGACUCCUAACUCUAAUUUUUUCACAUGGACCAUCAUUGACAGAUGCCUUUUGAAUUAUUUGCCUUUAUUUUAAUUUGAUUAGAUUUACUUCUUCUUUUGUCACACUUAAUUAUCAAUUAUCUUUUUAAAAAUUCUUUAACUUCUUUUUAUAUCAUCCAAAUGCAGCUCAUUGCCUUCAGUACACGCUUGGAAAAUGCAAUCUAGGCUGUUGUAUCACAUGACGCGUCUUCCACUUGAAUAAGGAAGAGGCUCUUACAAACUGCAGAGUUAAUCCAGUAAGCUAACUGCCCAUAGAGCCUUGUUUUGCUGCUGUAGGGAAGCAAAUAGAGAUUAGCUUUGAUUUCAGGGUGGAUGAAGUAUAGAAAACCUUUCAUAGGAAGCAGGUUUAUCACAGUUCCAUACUGCGUGUGUAAAUAUAAAGAUCCAUGAACUAGCUUCUGAUAAUACCUGCAUAAUCACAACGAUUAGUCGUAGAUUAGCGGUAGGAAACGACGAAAGCCACUUUAUGAAGAAAAUCAUUAUGUAAAAACAGGUAUAUUUAUGAAAAUGUUCAUAUUUAGAAUUAUACUGUUCAGGCGGCAGAUGUAAUCUUACUAAUUUUUCUUUUCUCGUCAUGGUUUCUUUUUGUUUUGUUCUGGGUUUUUUGUUUUUCAGAUGUGGACUACUGUUUUUGUUUUUCACACCAAUUAAAGUGUUUGGAGAUUCCUGUGUACUCCUGCAGCAGACGGACAAUAAAAUGAGUUUUAUCAAAGCCAAACGAUAUCUGCUCGUACAGACACUGGAGAAUAAAUAAUUUUUUUUUUAAUCUAAUACUUCUCAUUCUUUCAAAGACAUUUCAGAUUCUCUUUAUUAACUUUACAAGUCGUAGAUGAAGAAAAAACUCACUUGGCUCGAUCACAAAGAAGCAGAUCGUCAUAUCAAGCGCUUUAAACACACUUGCAUAUUGAAAAUGUGAAUUUGAUCAGAUUAUUCUAAUUUUAUAGUAGAGAUAUUGUAUAAAUCAGUGUAUUAUAGACAGGAAAAUGUACUGAUGUAAUAAAAGGAUUGUAUAACACGA